CACACACACACGAGCCAAUCGGGCGCGCGGUUACAUCCUCCACGCACGUUGAAUGAGCGCGCGGUACAGGAGCAGAGUGCAGCGCGAGACGGACGAACCGCUGCCUGUCAUUAGCUCAGAGAGUGACAGAGCAGCGACAGAGAGAAGAGAGGAGUAGAGGACACGCACCCACACCCACACAGAGCGAGAGGACAGGGGAAGAGGGAGCAGAAGCACCCCGAGAGAAGUGGGAGACUGACAGAAGCCAGGCGUCAACAUGAGCGCUCAGUUUGAGGAAGAUAUUCUAGACCGGGGUGAGAGAAAGAGCAGCAAAUCCCCGACGUUGCUCUCUUCUUACUGCAUAGACAGCAUUCUGGGCCGCCGCAGUCCCUGUAAGGUCAGACUGAUUGGGGCGCAAAGUUUGACCGGUCUGCCCGGCAGAGGAGAGUUUGACAAGACGACUGACGGGUCAACGAAAGAGCCCCUUUCUCUCGGCGCUGACUUGCACCUGCCUCCCAAACUCCGUCGGCUGUAUGGACCGGGGGGGAAAUACCUACACGACCACGCAGAGAAGCUGGAAAGAGAGAGGCUGCUCCUGGAGCAGGCCAGCGAGAGCCUCAAAAUCAGCCAGGCGCCGCAGGUGAGCAUCAGCCGCAGCAAGUCCUACCGGGAGAACGCCUCACUUCACCGGGGAGAGGGCGAGCAGAGUCCAGGGGAGGCCUCGGAGGACGGCGCACUCGGACUGGUGGAGCUCGGGCCCCUCAAGUUCGAGGAGGACGGCGGAAAAGAGGAGGAGGGGAGCUGCGCGGACGCGGCCGCGCUGUCCCCGAAGGACGAGGAGAGGGAGGAGAGCUUGAACGCCGGAGACGGGGACGUGAGGGACGGGGAGGACAGCGUGUGUCUGUCGGCGGGCAGCGACUCCGAGGAGGGGAUGCUGAAAAGGAAGCAGAGAAGAUACAGGACUACGUUCACCAGCUACCAGCUGGAGGAGCUGGAGAGGGCUUUCCAGAAGACGCACUACCCCGACGUGUUCACAAGAGAGGAGCUCGCAAUGCGCCUGGAUCUCACCGAGGCCCGCGUUCAGGUUUGGUUUCAGAACCGCAGGGCCAAGUGGAGGAAGCGUGAGAAGGCAGGGGUGCAGGCCCACCCAUCAGGCCUGCCCUUCCCAGGCCCCCUUGCUGCAGGCCAUCCUCUCAGCCACUACCUAGAAGGAGGGCCAUUCCCUCCUCACCCGCAUCCAGCCUUGGAGUCCGCCUGGACAGCUGCUGCAGCUGCAGCCGCUGCCUUCCCAGGCCUGGCCCCACCGCCUCACAACAGCUCUGCUCCACCCUUGGCUACCCCACUGGGACUGGGCACCUUCCUGGGCACUGCUGCCAUGUUCCGCCACCCAGCCUUUAUCGGACCCACUUUUGGCAGGCUGUUCUCCAGUAUGGGUCCCCUGACAAGUGCUUCCACUGCUGCAGCCCUCCUCCGUCAGCCCGCGCCCCCAGUGGAGAACCCCUCCCACGCAGGCUCUGUCCUGCCCGACCCGUCCUCUUCUUCCUCUUCCUCAUCCUCCUCGGCGGCGGCGGCGGACCGCAGGGCCUCAAGUAUUGCCGCGCUGCGCCUCAAGGCCAAGGAACACUCGGCUCAGCUCACCCAACUUAACAUCCUGCCAGCGGGAGCCGCAGGGAAGGAGGUGUGCUGAACACUCAGCAGCAGCUCUCGCCCCUCCCCUCCGUCCUGGGCUUACGCCCCAUUCCAUGACACCCCGCACCCUCUGAGAAAAAAACGAAACAAAAAAAAAACAAGAAAAGCAAAACAUUCAUACCUCUGGAGGCUGUCGUCCUGAUGAUGAACCCCCCUGCCCCUUGUUAAACCUUCCCAGUUACCUCAUGUUUCCCCAACAAAAAUAGCAUGACCAAAUGCAGAAGAGCACUGGCUGAGAAAGUGUGUCUGUGUGUCUCUGAUAAGCAUCGUUGCCAUUCUUUCACGUAGUUUCCAGAAACACAUAACAUUAAACUCAAUAUCACGAGAGCUUUCGGUUAAAAAGAAUAUUUUGAAAAACAUCCAAAGAUUAAAUACAUUUAUAUAGCUAUCUAUUUCAAAUACUUAUUGCUCCUUCCACAGUCACUCAAAAGUGCAUUGGGGAUUGUUUACAGUGCAUACAUAUACAUAUAUGCUUAAUAAAAUAUAAAGCAAACAAGUCACUAGAGGCGGAAUGUAACAAAUAAAUGAGCUUUUAAUUUAAAAAAUAACAGUUUAUAAUCUUUCAAACAUGAGGUAUUGAAACAGCUUUUUGGUGGUUUACGUUUAACAACCAGGAUUUUUUUUUAUUUAUUUUUUUCAUGGUUUCAUUUCCUUUCCUGAAGGCGAGACACACACACUCACCCCUAGCACAGAGCUGAAAAAACGGCAGGGGAACCCAGACUUUUAUAAAACAGAGUUCCUCGGAUGUGAACAACACGAGUGCUCGACAUUAACUCUGCUUAAUCUGUAUGCAUUAUUAUGUGGGCUGAGCCAGUCUGCAUGUUUAACAAAGGCGAGUCAGAGGAGGUCCACCCCACCACCCCCCCMCCCUCACCCACAUACACACACACACACACACACACACACACGCACACACACCCUGAACCAAAGGAAAACUUGUCCAUAGACCUUCCAUAGCCUUCUCUGCAAGCCUGACUCCUCUCCACUGCUCGCUUGUCCAUCUGUCACACUCGGCCGCACCACUGCGAAUGUAUAUCUAAUUAAAAUUUACCUUCUAGAUCAUCUACGUUUCUGUAUUUGGUUAAAUUUGAUUUUCACAGCAGUGGUAUUUCAGCUGACUCUGACACUCCAGGACAUACGAGCAACGAGAUCUGACUGUGUGAGAGAAAAAUUGUAAAUAUUGUGUAAAAAAAAAAAAAAAAAAAAAAAAGAAAGAGAGAGAAAAGCUUGAAAAGUAAGAGAAAAAGGAUCAUUUUCAAAACAAGGUCGUGUAUAUUUUAAGAGACCCUGUUUUGAUCAAUUUGCACUCGGUGUAGUGUGUAAUGAAUGUCGCCUUGUGUAGAUUUCCACCUGUGUUUAUGAAUUAUUAGGUUUUUAGAUAAUUAUUUAUGUCAAAACUUUUCCCAGAGGAAAUGAGUGAAGGAUAUUUGUUUUUCAUAUUAAGUGAUUGUAAUUUACUGGCUUAAUAACAUUAAUUUGAAUAAAUGACAUUGGUAAAAUGA